AUGUCACCCUCGGCCUCGAUCCACCGCACUCUUAGUGCAGCCACAACAACCGACCCCAACUCCAAACGCCGCCGCUUUCAACCCCCGAUCACCACCUUCUUCACUACAGCCACCGACCCAACUGCCCACCCCUCGCAAACCGCCCACCACACCCACAACCACUACUCCACCUCCACCUGCUCCCCGACCCCGACCCUCGCCCCGAAGGUCCAGGCCUCCCUCCUCUCCGUCGGCAUGCGCGUCCGCAAGUCCAUCGCCGAGGGCUACAAGACUCACCACCAAUCGAGCAAAGCCCUGCUCUCCGGGCCCCCGCCAUCUUACCACCAUGACCAAGACCCGUCCGGUUCUCUGAUCACCACCGACGAAGGCGACGCAUUCUCCCUCCCCGCCAGCUCGCAGGAGUCCACUGACUCCGCCUCCUCACUCCCGUUCACGGGUAAGAAGCGCGGCUUAGGGGACCUCGAUUACUACCGCGCCGACAGUAAUGAGAGUGACAGUGAGAUGGAUGAUUCCCCCGGCGCUGAGAUGUGGGGUCAGCGGACCUCCCGAGCAGAGUCUGCUGCUGCGGUCAUUGGGAGGACGAUUCUCGCGCCGCGGAGUAAGAACGAUACCCUCCGGAGGCGGUUUGUAGUCACCGGACGGGGUGGCGCUUGUACUGUUGCUACUACGAUGGACGUGGAACUUGGGACGGACUUCGAGGAACCGGCUUUUUUGAGGAGUCGGGAGGAGGUGGAUGGGUACGAGCUUGAUGGGUCUCCGGGGGCGUGCAAGGAGGUGGAGAUGGGGGGUGUUUGA